GGCGCUGCCGCCGCAUCCGGGGCUCCGUCCGGCGGGUGACGUAAAGCUAUAAAGGCCCGCAGCGCCUUUGUUCGCCCCCAUUGCGCAGUUGCAGAUCGGCGCGGGCGGAGGUCAUUUACAGAAUCAAAAUGGUUGAAGCAGAUCGUCCUGGGAAGCUGUUCAUUGGGGGCCUGAACACAGAGACUAAUGAAAAAGCCCUUGAGGCUGUAUUUGGCAAAUAUGGACGCAUUGUGGAAGUCCUUUUGAUGAAAGAUCGGGAAACAAACAAGUCCAGAGGAUUUGCAUUCGUCACGUUUGAGAGUCCAGCAGAUGCAAAAGAUGCUGCCAGGGAUAUGAAUGGAAAGUCAUUAGAUGGGAAGGCAAUUAAAGUGGAACAAGCAACCAAGCCAUCCUUUGAAAGUGGUGGUAGGCGUGGGCCACCACCCCCUCCCCGAAGCAGAGGUCCUCCCAGGGGCCUUAGAGGCGCAAGAGGCGGAAGUGGCGCGAGAGGACCACCUUCAAGAGGGAGUCACUUGGGGUCUUCUCGAGGGCCACUUCCCAUGAAGAGGGGUCCACCUCCACGAAGUGGAGGCCCUCCACCUAAGAGAUCGGCACCUUCAGGACCAGUGCGUAGCAGUAGCAUGGGAGGACGAGCUCCUGUGUCACGUGGAAGAGAUGGUUAUGGUGGGCCUCCGCGCAGAGAGCCAAUGCCAUCACGGAGAGAUGUCUACAUGUCUCCAAGAGAUGAUGGCUACAGCACUAAAGACGGUUAUUCAAGCAGAGAUUAUCCCAGUUCCAGGGAUACCCGGGACUACGCACCACCUCCCCGAGACUACGCAUAUCGUGAUUAUGGUCAUUCCAGUUCACGUGAUGAAUACCCCUCCAGGGGAUAUAGUCUUUCCUCCUAUAGUGAUCGUGAUGGAUACGGUGGUGGACGUGACAGAGACUACUCGGAUCAUCCAAGUGGAGGCUCCUACAGAGAUUCAUAUGAGAGUUACGGUAACUCACGUAGUGCUCCACCUGCUCGAGGGCCCCCGCCAUCAUAUGGUGGAAGCAGUCGCUAUGAUGAUUACGGCAGCACACGAGAUGGAUAUGGAAGCCGAGAAAGUUACUCAAGCAGCAGAAGUGAUGUCUACUCAAGUGGCCGUGAUCGUGUUGGAAGACAAGACAGGGGUCUUCCCCCAUCCAUGGAAAGGGGCUAUCCACCUCCUCGGGAUUCUUACAGUAGUUCAAGCCGCGGGGCGCCCAGAGGUGGCGGCCGUGGUGGAAGCAGAUCCGAUAGAGGUGGAGGCAGAAGCAGAUACUAAAAACACUCUUAAACUUUUGGACCAAGACAGAUUAUUUCUCAAAUGUGGAAGCUGUUCUAUCUUUACUACCAGAGGACUACUAAAAGGAAAAGUUGUUUUUAACCUUUUUUUAUUGUUGCCUGUUAAGUUUUUCCCUCCAUGACUUUUAUGCUUUUGUGAGAAAAAGUUGAAACAAUGUUUAAUAUCAUUUCAAAAUUGUUAACAUUUCUUUCAGAAAGCAGAUGUUAAAUGUAUAAGCUUGAGCUGUG